AUGUAUUCCACUUUAGCUCUGACGUUGCUGGCAAUGCCACUGGCUUUUGCUCAAAGUAGCACGACGAAUCCGCCCUUGUCCACACUGUUGCCUCAAAUCGAUGCGGCUCCUAGCUUGACACCGACAAUCUACGACAACUCUGCUCCUGAUCCACAGAGAUGCCCGGGAUAUAAAGCUAGCGGCUUGACCAAUACCUCAUCUGGUUUCACAGCAGACCUUACGAUUGCCGGAGCGGACUGUGCAGCUUUCGGCAAUGACAUUGCGGAUCUUGUGCUCGAGGUUGUAUACCAAACCAAGGAGCGCCUCAAUCUGAAGGUCUAUCCUAAAUAUCUGAGUGAAUCGAACAUCACGCGGUAUACUCUUUCACCAGACCUGGUGCCGCAGCCACAAUGGGACGGCAAGACCAGUGCCUCCAGCAGCGAUCUCACCCUGAAGUGGAGCAACGACCCAAGCUUCCAAUUCGAAGUCUCCCGUUCGUCUGAUGGUGAGGUUUUGUUCUCGACGUACGGCAACGUUAUGGUCUACGAGGAUCAGUUCAUCGAGAUCAAGACCAGUAUGGUCAAGAAUUACACGAUAUAUGGCCUAGCAGAGAACGCGCACGACUUCCUUCUCGGCGACAACUACACUCAGACGUUCUACGCUGUCGAUGCCGGCAACUCCAUUGACUACAACUCUUACGGAACUCAUCCGUUUUAUCAAGAGACACGCUACCACAACGGCGCUCCAACCACAUCCCACGGUGUCUAUGCACGCAACGCCCACGGACAGGAAUGGCUCCUACGGGACGAGAGUGUUACCUACCGAACCCUCGGUGGCAGCUUCGACAUGUACUUCUUAUCUGGCCAAAAGUCUGACGGUAGCUCAUCCGCACUCCAAACCAUUACUCAAUAUCAGACCGGCUGCGUCGGAACACCAGCAAUGCAACAAUUCUGGACUUAUGGAUUCCAUCAACUUCGCUGGGGCUAUCAGAACAUCUCCAUCAUGGAGGGCGUUGUUCAGGGCUACAAAGAUGCCAAUAUCCCGCUCGAAUGUCUGUGGAACGAUCUCGAUAUCUACGAUAACUACCAGGACUUCACAGACGCUUCACUCACAUUUCCGGCAGGUCCGUUCAGGGCUUGGAUUGAGUCUCUGCAUGCCAAUAACAUGUACUAUGUCCCUAUCAUUGACAGUAACAUCUACGUACCCGACCCGAACAAUGCUAGUGAUGCAUAUCCGCCAUACUCGCGAGGAGCUGCUCUGGGCACCUACAUUCGCGACCCGUCCACUGGUCAGUUUUACAUUGGAGACGGGUGGCCCGGGUUCAGUGUCUGGGCCGACUGGCUUGUUCCCACCUCACAACAAUGGUGGACAAACGAAACAUCGUCGUAUCACGAGAUCAUUCCCUUCGACGGUAUCUGGAUUGACCUUAGCGAAGCUUCAUCUUUCUGUGUUGGGUCAUGUGGCAACGGCCGCACAACCGAGAACCCCGUCCAUCCGCCAUUCACCUUGCCCGGAGAUGUCUUGACCUUCGACUACAACUAUCCCGAAGGGUUCAAUGUGUCAAAUGCUACCGAAGCAUCCUUGGCUGCCUCAGCGGCCUCAUCACAGGCGUCUGCGGUAUCUGCGAAUCCGCCGCUGCCUGCCGCUACGACAACAACACAAGGACGUACCACACCUACGCCUGGUGUUCGGAACCUCGAUUUCCCGCCGUAUGUCAUAAACAAUGUGCAAGCAGGACAUGCCCUGGUCAAGGGCGCCAUUGCGCCGACUGCGACCCACAACGAUCCCUCAAACACGACCGAGUACGAAAUGCAUAACCUAUUUGGCCUUCAGAUUUCUAAUGCAACCUACAACGCACUACUCGAAAUCUUCCCUGGUCGCCGCCCUUUCACCGUCGGCCGCAGUACCUUCGCAAGUUCAGGUCGCACAACGUCUCACUGGGGUGGCGACAAUACCAGCACAUGGGGCUCGAUGUUCCUGUCCAUUUCCCAAGCUUUUACCAUGAUGAUGGCCGGCAUUCCAAUGUUCGGUGCUGAUACUUGCGGCUUUGCGCAUAACACUGAUUACGAGCUAUGCUCCCGAUGGAUGGAGUUGAGCGCCUUCUUCCCCUUCUACCGUAAUCAUAACGUCAAGGCCGCCAUCAGUCAAGAAGCCUACAGAUGGUCGAGCGUGGCUGAAGCCUCGCGCCGUGCUAUGAGUGUCCGUUAUUCGCUGUUGAACUACAUGUACACGCUCUUCUACCACGCCCACACCAGCGGCGACACCGUCAUGAGGGCUCUAGCUUGGGAAUUUCCUGAGGACCAGACGCUGGCCGGCACAUAUGCCCAAUUCUUGCUCGGUCCAUCACUCCUGGUCACUCCUGUUCUGGAGCCGAAUGUUGACUACGUCAAGGGCGUCUUCCCGGGUAUUGGCCAAGGCACGCGAUGGUACGACUGGUAUACUUUAGACGAGGUGACUGGGGUACAACCACAGGAGAACGUUACUAUGAGCGCACCACUGGAACACAUCAACGUCCAUGUCCGAGGUGGAGCUAUCUUGCCAUUGCAAGAGCCGACGUUGACGACAACGGCGACCAGGAAUUCUUCCUACAGUAUCCUCGUGGCGCUCGAUGGUCAAGGUGCAGCAAGUGGCGAUCUCUACCUUGAUGACGGAUAUAGCCUGGUUCCAAACGCUACCAAGAUCGUGACAUUUUCGUACAGUGACUCCUGUCUCAAGACGUCAAUCAAUGGCACGUACCAUUCUACCCCACCAUUGGCAAACAUCACUAUCGCUGGUGUGGGCAAGGCACCCUGCGGAUUGUCCUUGACGAUUGCGGGCCAGGAAUGCGAAGUCGGAGCUGUGGUCCUCAGCCAUCUCAACGAGACCGUCAGCAUCACUGGAUUGGAGGCCUUUACUGGAGAAGGUGCCUGGCAGGGCGAGAUGGAACUCAUUCUACAGUACUAG